AUGAAAGAAAGGUGUAAGAAUGAAGAGAUGCCCGACUGGAGGGCUGGUAGUGAUGGCGGUCUUCAGUAUCAGGGGCGAGUGUGCAUUUCAAAUGAAGCCAAAAUAAGGAAGGGAGUGAUGGUAGAAGCCCACCAUUCCAAAUUAGCUAUCUACCCAGGAAGCACUAAGAUGUACAACGAUGUUAAACGGCAGUACUGGUGGAGCAAUAUGAAGAGGGACAUCGCCGAAUUUGUGGCGAAAUGCAUGGGCAACUGGGAUGAUCACCUAGCACUGACAGAAUCUGCAUACAAUAAUAGUUACCAGUCCAACAUAGGCAUGACACUUUAUGAGGCUCUUUUUGAUCGCCCUUACUGGGCCCCUCGAUGCUGGGCAGAAAUUAGAGAAAAAAGCUUGUUAGGUCCCGAGUUGGUUCAGGCUACUACUCAGGGUCUGAUGAGGUUCGGACAGAAAGGGAAGCAAGCACCACGUUUCAUUGGACCUUUUGAGGUUUUGGAUCGCGUGGGAGCUGUAGCAUAUCGCCUUGCACUACCUACUGCAUUGGCCGGUAUUCACAACAUCUUUCAAAUAUCCAUGCUGAAGAAGUAUACACCAAACGAGUUGCAUGUAGUUAGCUGGGAGCAGAUCAAGCUAACAGAUAACGCCUCUUACCCCGAGGAACCAAUUCAUAUCUUGGACCACAAGGAGCAGGUCUUACGGACAAAGACUAUACCUUUGGUCAAGGUCCUUUGGUAA